AGAAGGAGAUUGAUGGUUAAAAAUGAGUGCUUUUUAUCUGGUGAUCCUUGUGAGUCUUCUUUCCAUGUGUUCGUUGCUUGCCCCUUUGCGAAAGUUGUUUGGGAAGCUGUUGCAAUCCAAGUUCCAACAAAAAGUAUGCUGAAUAUUCAAGAAUGGCUUGUUUAUGUUUCUGAGAAGCUAACAUCUACUGAGGUAGUAAUGGUUGCUAUUAUUUCAUGGGCUUUGUGGUUCAAUCGAAAUAAGGUUCGUGUAGAAAAUUGCUCCAGAUCUCCGCAGGAAAAG